CACCAGGAGGCUCCGGCGUCGUGUUUUGUGCGAGCUGUCAAGUGGUGGCAGUGUGUUAUCGACCUGUGCGUGUGCAUGUCCAAGGUCUCUUCAUGCUGGAUAUACUUAUUUAAUGGCUUGAACACCAGAGCAGCGGGAGGAUGUCGGUGCGAGAGCUUUACGUGAAGGGCGCCCAUGUGUGGAUCCCUGAUCAGGAGCAGGUGUGGCGCUGCGCCGAACUCACUCAGGACUACAAGAACCACCUGGUCACUGUCAUCUUUGAGGAUGGACAGACACAAGAAAUCAAGGUCAAGAGUGAUGAGGAGCUGCCACCCUUACGCAACCCUGAGAUUCUCAUUGGUGAAAAUGACCUGACCUCACUUUCAUAUCUUCAUGAACCAGCUGUACUUUAUAAUUUACAAGUCAGAUUUUGCAAUCAAAAUGCCAUCUAUACUUACUGUGGUAUUGUCCUUGUGGCCAUCAACCCUUAUGAAGAACUGCCCAUCUAUGGCCCUGAUACAAUAUCUGCCUAUCGGGGACACUCCAUGGGAGAUCUUGAUCCACACAUCUUUGCUGUGGCUGAAGAGGCCUUCACACAGAUGGAGAGGGAUAACAAAGAUCAGAGCAUCAUUGUGUCUGGAGAGUCUGGUGCUGGCAAGACUGUUUCAGCAAAGUAUGCAAUGAGAUACUUUGCUAGUGUUGGCGGCUCUGAUUCUGAAACACAAAUUGAGAAAAAGAUUCUGGCUUCUAACCCCAUCAUGGAGGCCAUAGGUAAUGCAAAAACUACAAGAAAUGACAACAGCUCUCGUUUUGGAAAGUACAUUGAACUGGACUUUACACGCAGCUACAGCAUUAUGGGUGCAAACAUGAGGACCUACCUAUUAGAGAAAUCACGUGUUGUCUUUCAGGCUCCUGAGGAAAGAAAUUAUCACAUUUUCUACCAGUUGUGUUCUGCAGCUUCAGAUAAGAAGUAUAGUCAUCUAAGAUUAGGACCACCGGAAACUUUUCACUACAUGAAUCAAGGCCUCCAGGAAGACCCCACCCCGCCACGCAGAUCUCGGCCGGGCCACCAGGACAAUUUCCACUACCUCAACCAAGGCAGCAGCCCUUCCAUAGAAGGAGUUGAUGAUGGUGCAGAUUUCAUAGAGACAUGCAAAGCACUGUCACUCUUAGGGAUAAAUGAAGCCACCCAGGACCAGAUGUUCAGAAUUCUUGCUGGUAUUUUACAUCUUGGAAAUAUCGUCAUUGAAGACAAUGGAGGAGAUGCCUCAGCAAUUGAUAAAGGUGAUGAAUCCCUUGCAAUUGUAGCUGAACUGCUUGGCAUUAGUGCCAGUGAAUUGAAGAUGUGGCUCUGUCAUCGUAAAAUCACUAGUGGCAGAGAAGUCUUCACUAAGCCAGUAACACUCUCUGAGGCUACGUUCUCCAGAGAUGCAUUGGCAAAACACAUCUAUGCAAAGUUGUUUGACUGGAUAGUAAAGGAGAUAAACAAAUGCUUUGCUGCCCCUACAAAACCUUUCAGAUUUAUUGGAGUUUUGGACAUCUAUGGAUUUGAAACCUUUGAAAUUAACAGUUUUGAGCAAUUUUGUAUAAACUAUGCAAAUGAAAAACUUCAACAGCAGUUCAACCAGCAUGUUUUCAAGCUGGAACAAGAGGAGUAUGUAAAAGAACAGAUUGAAUGGGAGUUCAUUAACUUCUAUGAUAAUCAGCCAUGUAUUGAUCUCAUUGAAAGCAAACUUGGUAUUCUUGAUCUUUUGGAUGAAGAGUGUCGGAUGCCCAAAGGUUCAGAUCAGUCUUGGGUUGAAAAACUCUAUGACAAAUGUAAAAAAUGGGACCACUUCAGCAAACCACGCUUAUCCAACACUUCAUUCCUUAUUGCACACUUUGCUGAUAAAGUUGGUUAUGAGUGUGCUGGAUUCUUAGAAAAAAAUCGUGACACAGUAUCAGAGGAGCAAAUUAAUUUACUCAAGUCUAGUCAGAUAAGUUUAGUACAUGCUCUCUUCACUGUGAAGGCACAGGCAGCACCCACCAAAGUAAAAGUUUUGCCUACUGGACCAUCAGCUGCUCACAGUUCCAAACAAAUGAAGAAAAGUGUUGGUUCACAAUUUCGUGACUCCUUAAAUUUACUGAUGUUAACACUGAACUCCACAACACCUCAUUAUGUGAGGUGCAUCAAGCCCAAUGAUGACAAGAUGGCCUUUACCUUCGAUCCCACCAGAGCCAUCCAGCAGCUACGGGCUUGUGGAGUGUUAGAAACUGUCAGAAUCAGUGCAGCUGGCUAUCCAUCCAGAUGGACGUAUCAUGAAUUCUUCUGUCGGUACCGAGUACUCUGCACAUCUAGAGAUAUUGUGAGGAAUGACAUGCGCUUGACAUGUGAAAAAAUCAUUGCAAACAUGAUCACUGAUGAAGACAAGUUCAAAUUUGGCCGUACGAAAAUAUUCUUCAGAGCUGGUCAAGUUGCCUAUAUGGAGAAACUUCGUGCUGAUCGUUUGUCUGCUUGUGGAAUAAUGAUACAGAAGCAUGUUCGAAUGUACAUCCACAGAAAUCGCUUCAGAACAAUGCGAAAUUCAGCCAUCAUCAUACAGAAGUAUGCAAGGGGCAUGGCAGCACGCAGACUUGCUCACCACAUGCGGCAGACUGCAGCAGCCAUCAAGAUCCAGGCAUGUGUUCGAGGGUGGGUGAAGCGAGUGCAGUACCGACGGUUGGUGUACACCAUCACCCAUCUGCAAGCCCAUGCACGUGGCUGCUGGGCUCGGCAGAGGUACCAGCACAUGCGCAGAGACAGAGCAGCUAUUGUCAUACAAAAGCAUGUGCGGCGGUGGCUGACAAGGAGACGCUACCUGAGGGCCAUGCGUGGCUUUGUCAUAGUACAAGGCCUGGUGAGAUGCUUCCUGGCAAGGAGACAACUCAAAAAGCUUAAGAUCGAAGCAAAAUCAAUUGAGCAUCAGAAGAAGCUUAACAAGGGAUUGGAAAACAAGAUCAUCUCACUGCAGCAGAAACUGACCGAGUUGAAAAAUGAAAAUAACUUCAUCAGCAGCUACAAAGAAGAAAUUAUGGUGCUUAAGACACGUGUUACUGAUUUGAAGGGUGUAGAAAAGCAGCUUAAAGUAAGCAACAAUCAAGUCAAUGAACUGGAGGCAAGAAUUGCUGAGCUGACCAAGGAACUUGAGAUGGAGCGAGGUGAAAAGAUGGAUGUUCUGACUCAAAAGGAGCGCGCAGAGAAGGAGAACCGUGAAUUAAUAGAGAAACUUAAUGAAGAAAAUGCAAGGUUAACAAAAGAACUUUCUGAUGCCCAGAAAGAAGAGACAAAAAGAGAAACUGAAGAAUACUUAAGACGGAAAUUUGAGGCUGAGAAGCAGCAGCUCAUCUUAGAGAAUACAGAUGAGAAAUCUGGAUACCAAAGACUACUUAAAGAAUUCAAUCGUUUAGAGCAGAAGAAUGAACACCUUGAAGAGGAGCUGGCCAAGUUCAAAGGAGGCAAUGCUCACAAGAGAACAGCAAGCAACGUUAGCAACCUGAGUGGUGCCAGUGAUGCCCCCACUGAACUGGUGCACGAUGAUGCUUCAGAGUUCUCCUCCUUCCCUGGAGAUGAUGAUGUUGGGUAUGGCUCAGUUCGCAGCCGUUCAAGUGAAAUGUCAGAUUCCAAUAGAAAUUUGGAAAAUAUUGAGUGGUCAUCACAGAAAACUGGUGACACAUCAGAGAUAAAAAUUCAGGUUCCUCAAAAGAUGGAAGAUAUCACCCUUGUUCUGCAACUUCAAAACAAAGUACGUGAGUUAGAAAAGGAGCGACGCAAUCUGUCCAAACAAAUAGAUCACUUGGAGUCGUCAUCCCCCCCGGAUGACCCACAGCACGCACAGGAACUUAUCCGGCUCCAGGAACUGGAAAUGGAGAAUGCUAAGCUCAAGGAUGAUCUCAACAGGCUGAGGAAAUCCAUUGCAGAUUCAGAGCCACAGAACAACAGAGUUCAAGAAUUUAUGAAACAAUUUGAAGCCCUACAAGAUGAAUUGGAGAGGAGACGAGAAGAAUGUAUCCAGCUACGCACCGUGUUAGCGAACCGUGCCCAUGAUCUGCGAUCAGUCACCCAGACUUCAUAUGGCAAAGAUGUGGAUAUAGUGAAUGAGGAUGGAGAGCUUGUAUUAGCAUAUCAAACACAGAAGCAAGUCAACAGACAAUUGGAGGAUGAACUGAAAAAGGAGAAGCAGCGCCUUCAUGAAACAGAGGCAGACUACAAGGGAGAGCUGGAACGACUUCGUCGGGACAAUGAGCGGCAGCAGAAAUUAUUGGCACAGAAUCUGUGCAAAAGUGACUCUACCAACUCAGAGACUCUUUUGCAGUCUGAAAUUAUGCGUCUCACCUCAGAAAACCUUAACCUUCAAGGCCAAGUGGACAAUCUAACUGAACAACUAAAGAAAUACAAACGCUCUCUGAGAGCCUAUGCCAAGAAGCUUAAAGAAGCAGGAGGCAGCAGCAGUAAGCGGUCCUCAGCUCAGGGCAGCCCGUAUGGUGGAGACCCAACAGAUAUGCUGGAUGUUAAUACUACCAAUGAAGGAGAAGUUCUACCCAUCAUCCGGAAAAAGGAACGGGAAUACAUGGGCAUGUUUGAGUAUGAUCGAAGGGAUGAAAUGCAGAUCAUCAGAGUUCUUGUGUAUGAGUUGAAACCUCGUGUGGCAGUAACUCUGUUGCCAGGUCUCCCUGCAUACAUAUUGUUCAUGUGCAUCCGUCACACAGACCACAUCAAUGAUGAUGAAAAAGUGCGAUCUCUGCUCAACAAUAUUGUGAAUGGAGUCAAAAGAGUGAUAAAGAAGCGCCAUGAAGACUUAGAUUCAACUGUUUUGUGGUUGUCCAAUGUCCUAAGAUUGUUGCAUAACUUAAAACAGUAUUCUGGAGAUAAAGCAUUCCAAGCAGAGAACACUGUCAAACAAAAUGAACAAUCUCUCAAGAACUUUGAUCUCUCUGAAUACAGACAAGUUCUAUCAGAUAUUGCUGUUUGGAUUUACAAUGGUGUCAUAAAACUAAUGGAAGAAAAGGUUCAGCCUCUGAUAGUACCAUCUAUCCUGGAACAUGAGGCAAUUGCUGGUCUCUCAGGCAACAAACCAGGAGGCAUGAGAGGUCGAACUGGUAGUGUUGCUCGUGAGCUUGAGUCACCAGUGGAGCCUCAAAAAGCACUUGAUCUGCUGCUGAAGGAAAUGACUCAGUUUUAUCGCACACUGGCCAUGUUUGGAACAGAUCCUGAGCUAAUCACUCAAGUUUUCAGACAGAUAUUCUACUUCAUCUGUGCUGGCUCACUAAAUAACUUGCUGCUAAGAAAAGACAUGUGCCAUUGGUCCAAGGGCAUGCAGAUUCGCUAUAAUUUGAGUCAUCUGGAGCAGUGGACACGAGACAUGCGACUGCAUGAGUCAGGAGUGACAGACACACUGGCUCCCAUCAUUCAGGCAGCCCAGCUCCUCCAGGCCCGCAAGACUGAUGAUGAUGUACAUUCUAUAUGUGACAUGUGUGACAAGCUGUCUGUGUCUCAGAUUAUCAAGAUUCUCAAUUUAUACACACCAGCAGAUGAAUUUGAGGAGAGAGUACCCAUCAGUUUCAUCCACAAAAUUCAGGCCAAGCUACAGGAGCGUGCUGAAGGAGAGCAGGCUCAGGCCACACUUUUGAUGAACACCAAGUUUGCUUUCCCAGUAAGGUUCCCUUUCAACCCAUCCAGCAUUCACCUAGAGGAUAUUGAGCUACCUGAUGCUCUACCACUGACUAUGUUAAAGAAAGUGUAAUUACUUAGUGUGGUAUGUACCAACCUUGUUAACGCUAGUCACAAAUAAUUACUUAAAGCUCUCUUGAAUAAGGAAUGAUUUUUCUUAACAAUAAUUGAGUUUAUAAACCACCACAGAACUUAAAACUUCCUUCCUUAUCAUGGUAAAAGAACUUUAUUUGUCUGUGAUACCUGUCACAUUCCACUCUCUCAAGUCAGAUGAUGCAUUCCAGUCCAUCACAGUCAAGAAUAUAAUUUAUUGCUGUGAUGUACAUUCACGCAGAGAGGAAAAGAAUGUUCUUGAUAAGUGUAUGCAUGUGUGCAUAAUUUUUUAUAUGCAGUCAGUAUGGAUUUACAUGGAAGACAUCACUGAUUGCUGUUGGUUGUCACAACAAUUAUUUCAUGCACAUAUCUUGUAACAAUAGUUUCCUUUCAAAUAUCUGUAUCUUGGAUGACAAAAUCUACAGGGACAGUGGUUGGUAAUUUCAUCAGCAUUAUACUAGAGAUUGUAAAUAGAAUUUUUUAAUAUAUAUCCGAGCUUUCUUCUUAAUAAUCAGAAUUUUUCAACAUCAUGAAACAAACGAUAUUUGAUAUAUUGCCAAAAUUAAAGGUUUAGUUUACCUGUCAAAUGUAAACAUUGUAUAUAAUAAUCAAAGGUAUUUUGGGGGGAGAUAAAAAUAGCAACAAAUGAUAUUCAUUGCACAUUCCAUUGCACAUUCCAUAAAUGGAUCAGAAAUAGUGUAGCUAAACAUUAUUUAUUGUAUAAAUAUUACAUAGUAUGUACUCUAUAAUUAGGUAGUACGUACUUGGGUAUCCUGUGUGUCUUAUAGCAUAAUGUAUCAGUAACUUGAUUUCAAAUAGUUAUUUCUGUGCAUGCAGGGUGAUAGUCCAAGUGAAGAAAUUUGUGUGUGUGUGUGUGUGUGUGUGUGUGUGUGUGUGUGUGUGUGUGUGUGUGUGUGUGUGUGUGUGUGUGUGUGUUUAUCAUUUACACAUAUGCAUGACACACACACACACACACACACACACACACACACACACACACACACACACACACACACACACACACAUUUUCCAACAUUCUGUAUACAGAUUUAUUGGUAUUUGUAUUAUAUAAGCUUAGUACCUAGUGACAUUGUAUCUUGAAACAAGUUAGUUGCAGCCCAUCAGUAACUAAAAACAUUGCUUUUUAUUGCAGUCCAAGGUGUAUUUAAUAUUUAAAAAAGCUCAGACUAAUAGAUAUGAUCAAUAUUUAUGCAGAUGAUUAAAUAGACAAACCUGCCUAUUGAUAUCUUUAGAAGAAAAAUUUCUAGGCUGGGCCUCUGAACCUCAUAGAUGUUGCCCAGCCAUCAACUUCUCACACUAACUGGUGCUCAGUAGUAUUCUUGUCAGUAAGUCCAUGUAUGGAUUCAUGUGACUCCAUUUGAUCCAAGAGAAAUUAAAUGCUGGCUGGGUAACAUGCUUGUGCAUGUAGACAGUAUUGUAUGGUUGGAAUAACAAUUCCUGCUCACAAAUCUUGGACCCAAAAUGCUUUGAAUUAAAGAAAAGACAAUUUUUAUUAAUCAAAACUUAAUAUGUCAGUGCUUUACACAGACAAUUAUCAUUAUAUUGUCAAGGUUGUCUUACACACACACACACACACACACACACACACACACACACACACACACACACACACACACACACACACACACACACACACACACACACACAUCAAGUGUUAAGAGUGGAGAAAUUGACAAAGAAAUACAAGACUCUUUACUGCUCAUCAGACUAUCAACAGUACAGACAAAUAAAAUAUAGUUGAGUAAAACACACACACACACACACACACACACACACACACACACACACACACACACACACACACACACACACACACACACACACACACACACACUGCACAGCAUAUACCAAUCUAUCAAACAUAACUAUGAAAAAUAAUAUACAAAGUAAACUAUAUUUGUGUAUCAUAUAUUUACUGUACUUAAACAGAAAGAUAAAUGUUAUUGAGUCAUUUUAAAAUUGCCUCCUUAAAAAUGUUCAUGUCUGAGUAAAUUUAUUUAUUGUAAUUGUAAAUAUGUAAGGAAAUGACCUGAGUAUCUUUCUUGUAAACUGUUUCUUCCUGUGUACAUGAUGCAUGACACAGUGUUAACCUGAUAACCACAGCAGCUACAGUUCCUCCCUGUGUUAUGUGAUGGUGAUAGGUGGUUCAGUAUCAGUACCCACUGUUGAUAAUGCUUCUCUUUGUCAGGUAAUGCCCAUGGUGUGUAUAAUAGAUAUAGCAUUUAUUUAUUUAUAUUUUUGUGUUAUGUGUCUGAUUAUAUAAAGUGGAAUAUAAUAUGUUAGUUUCAGAUGCUAUCAUUAUAUAUUUAUACACUUGUGUACACACACACACACACACACACACACACACACACACACACACACACACACACACACACACACACACACACACACACACACACACACCAAAGUUGAUAAUAUGAUUUAACGAACGUGAUAACAUUUUUACUUUUUUUUCAUGUACAGUUAACUAUUGUGUAUUAUGGAACAUUUGCCUCAGAGAUCUAUGAUACACUGACUCAAGAGUCUUCUUGCAGAUUUGCAUAUUAUUUGUACUUGUUUUCACAUGAUUUUGCAUAACAUUUUUACCUGCUUCACAGUUGUUGUUUUUUUUUCAGUGCAGGCCUUCAAGAGUGAAGCCUCAUUGUGCUUCAAAACAAUUUUGCUUCCUAAGUUUUAUACAGAUAGGUUACUGGCAGCCUUGUAUUGUAGAUAAUACAGAGUAUAUGUGAAAUAUUUAUUUAAUUCAUUAUUGUUAUUUUUUAAAUUUUAUUUUAUUUGUUUAUUUUCUCAAGCUCUGUGGUAUAAGUAACAUAUUACUUUUGUAUUAUUAUUAUUAUUAUUAUUUAUUUAUUUACUUUUUUAUGUGUUAUUUUGGGGGUAUACAACCUUCAUAAUUUAACCAUGUCCCAGAUAAUGGGAUUGCCAUGAAUCUUACCCCAUCACUAGAGGCUGCUGAAAUGCUGCUUGUACUCAUGCAUAUCAGAGUUGAAAUUUAGACCAUUUGAUUUCUGGAGAAUUAUUGUUAUGUAUAAUGUGCACUGCCUUACAGAGAAGUUGUUAAUUGGACAAUAAAUCUUACCCCAGAAAAA